AUGUCACCUCCUGCUGUUUCCGUCGUCAUCUCCCCUCCCGCUGUCGACUUGGACUCCUACGAACCCUUUGACGGGCAAUACAAUCGCACUGUGGACGAGAUCCUCUCGGACGAACCUAGCUUCGACGCCUCAUUCGACGCAUACAAUAGUGGCAUCUCCAUGGACGGGUCAAAUGGCUCUUUACAGCGAGAGCGUGCGAUCAGUCGAGCCUCCGUUGGCAAAAGAACUGGUCCCAAGAAGUCGCCUUACUUCUCGACGGGCCAGAUGUCUCAGCGGCGUAUCGGAUCGAAGAGGAGUAUUACCCGAAUUGAUGUCGACGAAGACGACGACGAUGACGAGGACGAGGACGAGGACGACAUUACCCCUGCUACGUCGGUCGAAUUUGUGAAAAUCCAGGUGGUCGAUAACAACAUCGAGGACGAGCACCAUGAUAAUAAAACAUAUGCUAAAGCCAAUGGGAAUGCUGUCGACGAUGACAUCGCUGAGGAAGAUAUUGUUUUCGCUUCAGUUGGACCAGAAGUGCAGGCUCGCUUGCUGAAUUUCAUUGCAUCGCAUUCAUUUAUGCGUAGUGGUUCAUAUCCUGUCAGGCGGUCCAAAAGGCGGACCUUUGUGUGCGAACUCUAUGAGCAAGCGAAAUCGACUGGAAUGGACGAGCACUCGAUCGACAGGUUGACAAACUACGUGAGGAAGACAUAUCUCGAACUAUAUGGAAAAGACUAUGUCGAUACCCAAGGCUCAGAAUUUGGUGACGAGAUUGACGACGUUGGGGGGAAGAGAAGAAGGUCCUUGAACGACUCCAAAAAGGAUCGGAAGAGGAAGCGGUUGAAUGGCGACGCAGCUAAACAGAAACAUAAGAAGAGCAGAUCGCAAUCUUCGCAGGAGAAGCGUACUACGUCAACGGCUGACUCGCACAACAAUUCCAAGCGUGAAGUAAUCGACCUUGAGGCCGAGUAUCCUCUUGCGGACUUCUCUGCUAGUGCCACGGAGCCCGAAGGUUUCGAGAGCAAAUCGACUGCGGAAGAGUUACCCAGGAGACGUCCAAGCAUCAGCAAGCAGUCCGGUCGUUCGUCGAAUGACGACAGAUCGAACGAUCUCUCUUUGAUCACGCCGGAGAACCGCAACAGCAAAGCAAGCGUCUCUAUUCCUUCUAGGCACUCUCUGCGCUCCCCUGCCAAUUCCAAAGAUGAACCCAUUUUUCUGGAAAGUGACUCAGAUGGACCCAGAGACUCGGCUACAGCUGUCCCAAAAGCACAUUCAACGAAUCCUAUUCAUUCGGAUAAGCCAACAACGCGCGAGGAGAGCAUCGCCAGGGCCAAGAAAAAGAAGAAUCACAGGAAGCGCCGGAGCCGCAGGAGGAAAAGAGCCGAGAGAUAUCGGGAGAACCUGAAGGACUCUCAAAUUCAAAACCUUGCAGCUGAAGAUCGUCACAUUGAAGAGGAUGCUACGACCAACAACACCGAUGAUUCGCAAAGUGUGACCGCCAGCGAUGAGGUGACGUCAAAAUAUUUUACGAGCCCUCAGCAAGUGGAUGGUUUGGCGUCGAGUGUCCCCAGCCAGAUACCCACUACCUAUUUUACUAGUUCUGUUCGAGAUUACGAACCUAUUCCUGAGAAAGCUCGGCAGAUAUUGACCGAGGUUGGCCUCUCAUUUGACAUUCUGGCCUCUGACUCGGAGUCGGACCUGAGUGAUGUGCAGAGUGACGAUGGCAUCUUGGAUCAUGAUGCUUUUUUGCGUGACGUGAUACAACCGCCCGUCCUAGGCGAGACCUUUGAUAGAUCUGCGGAAGGGAUCCCUAAGACUCCACUGAAAAGCGCAUUAGCUGCCGACCCUGACGUUCCGUUCGUUAUGGCACUUCGCCCUAGGCCUCCUAAAGUGUCUCCUUACUUCCCGAAGCCGCUUAUUGAUCCCGACUCCUGUCUACCUUUCCCCUCAAUUGACGCACCCACAUUCGGUUUGGUGCAAGAGCAGCUCGCGCAUGAUCCAUUUCGUCUGCUCAUCGCUACGAUCUUUCUUAAUCGGACUCGCGGCGGCGUUGCUUUGCCAGUUCUCUUCCAAGUUUUUGAACAUUUCCCGACAGCCCAGGACAUGAGUACAGCCGAGUUCUCGAAGUUGGUCUCCAUGAUCCAUUCUUUGGGAUUUCAAAACGAGCGAGCGAGAAAAUGCAUCGAUCUUGCUAAGACAUGGCUGGAGCGUCCGCCGACAAAAGGCAGACGAUACCGCAGACUGCACUACCCACGCAAGAUGGAUGGAAAAGAUGUCGGCCGCGACGAAUGCAUUGGCGACGACGAGAAUGACACGCGUGUAGCAUGGGAGAUCGCACAUCUGCCUGGUGUGGGCCCGUACUCCUUGGAUAGCUGGCGCAUCUUCUGCCGAGAUGAGCUGCGGGGACUAGCGAAGGAUUGGAAAGGCAAUGGCGCGGCAUCAGCAGAUUUUGAACCGGAAUGGAAAUCGGUCUUACCGCAGGACAAGGAGCUCCGGGCAUAUUUGACGUGGAUGUGGCUCAAGGAAGGAUGGAUCUGGGAUCGGCACACGGGCGAGCGCAAGCGAGCCAGCGACAAGAUGAUGCGUGCUGCACGCCGUGGGGGCGUGGCUCAGGAACAGGAUGGCAAUUUUGUGUUGGAGAUGUCGCCUGUUAAAAAGGUCGCGAAUGGUCUGACUGCAUGGAGUUGA